AUGGCGGGCCCCGUCGAACAAGAGCCUAGCACAGGCCAGAUUCGAUGGGCCGAUCCUCGCGUGGCUUCGGGCUUGGAGGAGUUGCGCGCUCUUCCAGAUGUGGAUGAGGUUCUCGGCGUGCUGGACUCUGAGCUUUUGGCUGCCGCUUUCCUGGCCCGAUACGACUUCGAUGUGCAACGUGCUUUCGAGGCUAUCUCGCACACAGCCUCUUGGCGAAAGCAAAGUGGCAUCAGUGAGGUGAGGGCGAAGUUGCUGACGGAGCCGACAAUGAGUUUCUCCGACUUCCCACAUGGGCCGACUGUCCUGAAGCACUUCCCGCAAUGCGAGGGCGGAGUGGCCAUGGACAAGCGCGGAUUGCCCUACGCCAUUCGCUGUGUAGGAAUUGCAGACGCUACUGGCCUGUUCUCAAUCAUAUCCGAGGACGAGAUGAUGCAGUUCCAGACGUACUUGUGUGAGUGGCGCUUGCUGCAGCUCGAGAAGUUCGCAAAAGAAACCGGUGAGCUGACCGGCCUCCUCAUUGUUCAGGACAUGUUUGCGCCAGCUGGGUUGCUGAACGCAUGGCGGAAGCACGGAAGCAAAACAAAGAUCAUGAGGCGAUUGACGGGCAUGAUGGAUGAGCACUACCCAGGUGUGAUGGAGUCUGUCCUGCUGGUCAAUGCUCCGUGGGCCCUGCAUGCCAUCUUGCGGAUCCUGACACCCCUGCUCCCGCAGAGGGUAGUUAAGAAGCUUCAGAUUGUACCAAUGGCGCAGACGCCCGAGCGGCUGCAGCAGCUCAUCGAAGUGUCAUGCUUGCCGCAGUUCUUGGGAGGUAGUGGUGCUGAUGCUGAUUUCGUGCCUGCGCGGGCUGCCCUCGAUGCCAGCGGAUCAGGAUCUGAGCUCUUCAUCAAAGCCGGACAGAAGGAAGAGCGCAGUCUUGAUCUGCAGAAGGGCGACGUUGCAGCCUUCGGCUUGUCCGUCGCCAACGGCUUGGACAUCAUGUUCGGCUGCCACUUCGAAAAGGAGGAAGCCGUGGAGGAAGUGCUGUCUGCCAGGCGAUUGCAGGAGGAGAGUGGCUCUAGCUUUGCAGCACCCUGCGAUGGGAAGCUGGUGCUCACCUUUGACAAUUCAUACAGCUGGGUCAAGCCGAAGGAGGUGCAUUUUGAGUUGUCCAAACUCCCUGCCGAGGACGAAGCACAGACACCUUCUGAGGGCCUCCAAGAGGCAGCGACCGAGACGCCUUCUGACCUGGCGAGCCCGAGCACGCCGUCUGAGAUGGAUGCAUCUGGCUAA